UGGCGCCGUUGCCGGGGAGUGGCACGGUUGUAAGUUGGUUUUUAUUAUUGGCAUAGGCGAACCCGAGUUAGUGAGACUUUCUCCUUUAUUUUCUGUUUUUUUUUUGUGUUGUUUUCUCAAGUUUGCAGGAUCAAUUUGUAAAAUCUCUCUCUUUCAAACAUGGCAAGUUGCUAUCAUUUGCUCUCUGCCUGAAAGAACAUUAUUGAGAGGGUUUGAAAAAAAAAUCACCAGGAUGAGGGAGAGGCAAACAGUGCUUGAUGCUUUAACCUUGGACUUUUCUGAGGAUGAUAGCAUCAUUAUUCCGCCAAUCGAUGCCACUGAUUUUGAGAUUAAUCCUGAUAUCAUUCAAGUGAUAUCAAUUAAUCAAUUUGGCGGUUUGAAACAUGAAGAUCCGAUAUUGCAUAUGUUGUGGUUUAACAGAGUCUGUAACACAUUCCGGAUCAAUGAAGUGUCAAUUGACAUCGUGAAACUUAUCUUAUUCCCAUUCUCUCUUCGGGAUAAGGCUGUUCGGUGGUUAAAUUCUUUUCCACCCGGUCACUUCACCACCUGGAAUGCUCUUCAUCUGGCGUUCAUGCACGAGUAUUUUCCUCCAUCGGCAGUUGCACACAUCAGAACCUUGAUUCAAAAUUUCAGACAAGCUCCAAUGGAAACAAUAAGUGAGGCUUGGGAUCGAUACAAAGGCCUACAGAGAAAGUGUCCUAAACAAUUGAUGGAUGCUUAUGACUUGAUGUUCUAUUUCUACUAUGGACUUCAAGUUGUAAGUAAAAGAGAGUUGGACCAUUAUUCAAAGAUGGGUUCUUUUCUCGACAUGACAC